AUGAGCCGACCCAGCAGUGGCCAUGAUGAAAAAGGGGUCAACCAAAAUGGAGACCCGGGAGGUCAUCACUCUGUGUUUACCAAUACCCACUCCGCAGCGGCAGCGAGUUCUGAAACAAAACUAUUGUCCGCCUUCAAGACGGUCACUCAGGCCAGGAAAGUGUACCUGGGAGGAAGAGAGUAUUACAGCGAGGAAGGGAAGACCUUUGAAUUGCGUCUUGUUGGGAAAAUAAAGCAACAGUUAAGUGCUGACCCCACAUUUUGCCCAGAGUAUCCAUCCUCUCUCGGGCUGACAGAAUUCACCAGGCGAGCCACAGAGGUGGCUUUGGGGAAGAGCUCUCCGGCUAUCGUGGAGAACCGGGUGUUAGGUAUCCAGACUCCUAGUUUUUCUGCUGCAGUGCGUCUUGGGGCUGAACUCUUGACACACUGGUACAAUGUCAGAGCUGUUUGGUGCGGCCCAGUCUACCUCUCUUCCCCUUGUGAUGACUCAUUGGCUGGUAUCUUCCAGGCAGCAGGGAUAGAAGAUAUCCGUGAGUAUUAUUACUGGGAUGACAAGCAGCGGGGUGUUUGUUUGGAGAAGCUUCUGGAGGAUCUGGAGAGGGCUCCUGAGCAAAGUGUUGUUGUUUUGUCAGCAUCUGCCCACUACCCAACCGGAGCUGAUCUCACUCAGAAACAAUGGACCGUGAUUACACAACUCAUCAUGAGGCGUAGGCUUUUCCCUUUCCUCUUGCUGCCUGCUCAGGCGCUCUGCUAUGGAGAUUUAAAUCGGGAUGCCUGGCCCAUACAGCACUUUGUAUCGCAGGGGAUGGAGCUCCUUUGUGCUCAGUCAUUCUCCCACUGCUUUGGCCUAUACGGUGAGGCUGUAGGACACCUCCUGUGCAUCUUAAAACAGAACUCCCCCCUGUUGUCUGUGCAGUCUCAAGCUGACAGGAUAGUCAAAUCACUGUGGGCCCAGCCAUCUGUAGGAGGAGCACAUGUUGUUGCCGCAGUGCUUAGUAACCCCGCCCAUCUUGUUGAAUGGCAGGGAGAAGUUAAGCGCAUGGUUGAGAGGUGUAUGCUGAUCAGGGACAUUUUGAGAGAAAAGCUGAGACUCUUGGGUACCCCAGGCUGCUGGGACCACCUGACCCAACAAGGUGGACUCUUCUGUUGUACAGGCUUGAAUGAUCAGCAGGUGGAGUUUCUGUCAAGGAGCAGACACGUGUACCUCCUUCCCAGUGGCUGUCUAAAUGUGAGCGCAAUCAACGGUCAUAACCUGGAAUAUGUAACUGACUCCAUCCAUCUGGCCCUGACCACUUCACUCUGACCAUGUGGCUUUUGAUCAAGAUCUGAAAUCAGUGCCACGGGGGCUUUUCAGCCUCGCUGAAAUACAUUCAUAUAUCACAUUGAAAUGCUCUGGUUCAAGAAAAGUACUUUUGCAGUUGCAGCUUUUGCAAAGUAAAUGCUGUUAAACGUAUAGAAAACGGUAACGCUAAAUGUAGAGCUUCUGACCUUUCAUCAUGUAAGUCCAGUCAUUAGUAACUGAGACCAGGUUGUGAUGCCCUUUCAGGUGAGACACAUGAAUAAAGGAUGUGUUCAUGUGUCCUGUGUGUGGCAGUAGCUCAGCCAUAUUAAGUAAAAAGAAUAUGGCAGUGCAGUGAUCCUUUUGUUAAAAUUCUGCCAGUUGCUCAAAGACUGACUAACUUCAGUGUAUAUUUAUAUAUUCACAUGAAGUACUGCUUUGGUGAUUAUGUUGGAGACUGACAACCACCAGCCCUAAAUCUCUAAAUCAACACACUUCAUCUGCUGUGUUUAAUCCAUCCAAAAACUUAAGAGUAAAAACGUCACUUUGCAAUUUCCAUUCCUGGUAGCAUCGCUAGUUUAGCAGCCCAUGUCACGUCCUGGUUGAGAGGAGGAUCGAAACCCAUUUACCAGUACAGAUAGACUCCCGAUGGAGGUUUAGAUAACAAGCUGUUGGCUGUAUCUUAAAAG